GAAGGAGGAAGCAAUGGAGUUGAAACCCAAUGUAUGUAUUUUCCAUGUACUGAACACUUGUUAUUCAACUAUGCCAAGGUAAAUUCAAUUUUUGAUUCUAGGGCACUUUUAAACCGUGCUAAUGCUUAUCCACAAGUGACUACAUAAUUCUAAAGCUAUCUAAUAGAAUGUUGUGAUCUGUUGUCAAAAGACCUAAUAGCACUAGAAGAAGGAUGCCCUUGUGAUAAGAUGUGAAAAGCAGGUACUUUAUAGCUUUAUUAAAUGAUGGUGCUUAAAUCCUGAAUUUAUCUGAAUGGCAGAUUUAGGAAGGCAAUGCAGUUUUGUUACACAAUGUUGGUUUUGAUAUUUUAAUAAUUUAAUGCUGGAUGUGAUGUCUGUUGCUUGUGGGCCAUUAAACUGCUAUUAACUUUUUUUUUUUUUUUGCUUUAGACCUGAUGGCACUAAAAGAAGGGAAUCAAGAACUGAAAGAAACAGAAGAGAAAGAUCAGUAUAAGAUAUGUGAUUUCAUUGAUGUUGAAAAAUCCAUAAAGACUGAAACGACUUCAUCACAAAUUCUGAAGACUGAAUUUGACAGUAACUUCACUUGCUCUCAUUUUGGAAAGGGUUUCGAUCAAAAACAAAACCUUAACAACAGUGAGAAAAUUCACGCUGAACAGAAGUCUUUCACAUGUCAACAGUGUGGGAUAAGUUUAACUAAAAGAAGAAACCUUAAACGACACAUGAUGAUUCACACUGGAGAGAAGCCUUUCAAAUGUCAACAUUGUGGAAAGAGUUUCAGACUUAAAUCAACCUGUGAAUCACACAUGAUGAUUCACACUGGAGAGAAGCCUUUCACAUGUGAUCAGUGUGGAAAGGGUUUUAGACUUAAAUCAAUCUAUGAUUCACACAAGAGGAUUCACACUGGAGAGAAGCCUUUCACAUGUCAACAAUGUGGAAUGAGUUUCACUGAAAAAGGAAACCUUAAACAACACAUGAAAAUUCACACUGGAGAGAGGCCUUUCACAUGUGAUCAGUGUGGAAAGAGUUUCCGACGUAAAGAAACCCUUAAUUACCACACAAAGAUAAAACAUUCAGACCCGAUGGCACUGAAAGAAGAGGAUCAAGAACUGAAAGAAACAGAAGAGAAAGAUGAAUAUAAGAGAUGUGAUUUCAUUAAUGUUGAAAAAUCCAUACAGACUGAAUUUGACAGCAACUUCACUUGCUCUCAUUGUGGAAAGAGUUUCAAACAAAAACAAAACCUUAACAACCACAUGAAAAUUCACACUGAACAGAAUCCUUUCACAUGUCAACAGUGUGGGAUGGGUUUCACUAGAAAGGGAAACCUUAAACGACACAUGAUCGUUCACACUAGAGAGAAGCCUUUCAAAUGUCAACAGUGUGGACUGAGUUUCACUGACAAAGGAAACCUUAAACAACACAUGAAAAUUCAUUCCGGAGAGAAGCCUUACACAUGUCAACAGUGUGGAAAGCGUUUCACUGAUAAAGGAAACCUUAAUCGACACAUGAUGAUUCACACUGGAGAAAAGCCUUACGCAUGUGAUCAGUGUGGAAAGAGUUUCGUUGAUAAAGGAAACUUUAAACAACACAUGAAAAUUCACACUGGAGAGAAGCCGUUCACAUGUGAUCAGUGUGGAAAGAGUUUCAGACUUAAAUCAACCCGUGAUUCACACAAGAGGAUUCACACUGGAGAGAAGCCUUUCACAUGUCAACAGUGUGGAAGGAGUUUUGCUGAUAAAGGAAACCUUAAACAACACAUGAACCGUCACAAUGGAGAUGAGAGAAAGCGUUUCCGACGUAAAGUAACCCUUAAUUCCCACACAAAGAGAAACCACUCAGACCUGAUGCCACUGAAAGAAGAAACUGAAGAACUGAAAGAAACUGAAGAGAAAGAUCAAUACAAGACAUGUGAUUUCAUUAAUGUUGAAAAAUCCAUACAGACUGAAAGGACUUCAUCACGAAAAAAAAUUCAGAAGACCAAAUCUAACAGUAACUUCACUUGCUCUCAUUGUGGAAAGAGUUUUGAUCAAAAACAAAACCUUAACAACCACUUGAGAACUCACACUGGGGAGAAGCCUUUCACAUGCCAACAGUGUGGGAAGAGUUUCAGUCAGAAAGGAAACCUUUAUUCCCACAUGAAAAUUCACACCGGAGAGAAGCCAUUCACAUGUGAUCAUUGUGGAAAGAGUUUUCUGCGUAAAAUAACCCUUAUUGUCCACACACAAAGAAAACACUCAGACCUGAUGGCUCUGAAAGAAGAGAAUCAAGAACUGGAAGAAAUAGAAGAGAAAGAACAAAAUAACAGACAUGAUUUCAAUGAUGUCGAGAAAUCCAUUCAGACUGAAAUGUCUUCGCUAAAUAAAGCACAGAAGACCAAAUCUAAAAGUAACUUCACCUGCUCUCAUUGUGGAAAGAGUUUCAAUCAAAAACAUAACCUUAAAUGCCACAUGAAAGUUCACACCAAGCCUUUCUCAUGUGAACAGUGUGGAAUGAGAUUCGUUCACAAAGGAAACCUUAAUAUCCACAUGAGAGUUCACACAGGAGAGAAGCCGUUCACAUGUAAACAGUGUGGAAAGAGCUUUAAAUUGAAAACAUCCCUUGAAUCCCACAUGCAGAGAGGACACUCAGAGAAAAGAGUAAGUCUCAACAUUCAAACAUCUUUGACCUGCAAACCCUGUGGGAAGAGCUUCAAAUAUAAAUCAUACCUUGAUUCCCACAUGAGAAUUCACACUGGAGAGAAGCCUUUUUCAUGUCAUCAGUGUGGAAAGGGCUUCAUUCACAGAGGAAACCUUAAUACCCACAUGAGAGUUCACACUGGAGAGAAGCCGUUCACAUGUGAAUGGUGUGGAAAGAGUUUCAGAAAUAUAGGAUCCCUUAAUACCCACAUGAAGAUUAUACACUCAGAGAAAAGAGUAAGCCUCAACACUGAAAAACCUUUCGCCUGCAAACUGUGUAGAAAGGACUUCGCAUAUAAAUCAUACCUUGAUUCCCACAUGAGACAUCACACUGGAGAGAAGCCUUUCAAAUGUGAUCAGUGUGGGACUAGCUUCUCGCUCAAAGGAACUCUUAAGACUCACAUGAGCAUUCACACUGGGGAGAAGCCAUUCAAAUGUGAUCAGUGUGGAAAGAGCUUCAGACUUAAGCAAAUUCUUGAUUUACACAUGAAAAGUCACGGUGUUAAGAGUACUUACACCUGCAAACAGUGUGGGAAGAGCUUCUCAUAUAAACAAACAUUUGAUGCCCACAUAAGAGUUCACACUGGUGAGAGCCCUUACGUCUGCAAACAGUGUGGGAAGAUUUGCUCAAACAAAGGAAAUCUUAUGGCUCACAUGAGAAGUCACACAGGAGAGAAACCAUUCAUGUGUCUUGAGUGUGGAAAAUGUUUUACACGUGGACUAACCCUUACUUUACACAUGAAGCUUCACUCAGAAGAGAACUCUUCUAAUUGUCAACAGUGUGGAAUGAGUUUCCCAGACAAGAGACGUCUUAGCUGGCAUUUAAAAAGGCACUUAAAAAGUAACAGGCGAAAGAAGUCUUUCACGUGCAAUGACUGUGGAAAGAGUUUCAGAAUUAAAGGAAACCUCAAGACUCACAUGAGAGUUCACACGGAAGAGAAACCUUUCACAUGUCUUAAGUGUAAGAAGAGUUUUGCAUAUAAAGGUGACCUGAAACGUCAUUUGCAAAAACCUUGUGAAAAGAAGUUGCCGUGCUCUGAUAGUGGAAAGACGAUUAGAAAAAGUAGUCUUCAACACAUUCAAUCUGAAGAAAGGCCGUUUAGUUGUGAUCAGUGUAAUAAGAAAUUCAUUUUGCCAUCACACUUACAGAUACACCAGAAAAGUCAUGCAGAUGUGAGAAAACAUUUGUGUUCAUUGUGUGGAAAGAGAUUUAAAUGGCUCGGUGGUUUAAAAUGGCACCAGAAAAUUCGUAUCUUGUGUGAAAGUAAGGCUACGGUCAGGCCGCAGAUGAAUCUGGCCCAAAUGUGAUUGUCCACCUUAGUUACAAUUUACAUUCUUCACUUUUUUUUAAUAUAAUUUAGGCUAAUUUUUAUAAUUUUAGGUUUUAUUUUUUGUCUUUACACAUGCUCUGUAUUGCCAAAUGUUUUGGGAUGUCUGCCUUUACUUGCAAAUAAACUUUAAGGGCAUACCAUUCUUAAUUCAUAGGGUUUAAUAGCUAUAACAGCCUCAUCUCUUCUGGGAAGGCUUUCCACAAGGUUUAGGAUUGUGUUAAUGGAAAUUUUUGAACAUUCUUCUAAGAAGUGCAUUUGUGAGGUCAGGCACUGAUGUUGGACAAGAAGGUGUCUCCACUCUAAUUCACCCCAAACCUGUUAACCUGUUAACCUGGACUUUACUUUGUGCACUAGUGCUCAGUCACAAGAAGGGGGUAUCUGCAAACUUCCCACAAUGUUGGGAGCAUGAAAUUGUCCAAAAUGUCUUGGCAUGCUGAAGCAUUAAGGCUCAGUUUCACAGACAGGACUUAGCCUAAGCCAGUACAAGUUUCUUUGAGUUUAAACAUGCAUUGUAGUCUAGGACUAGCUUAAGCCUUGUCUGUGAAACCGGGAAAAAGAGUUCCUUUUACUGAAACUAAGGGGGCAAGCCCAGCCCAGCCCCUGAAAUACAACCUCACACCAUAAUCCCUUCUCCACCAAACUGUCCUUUGGAUUGCCAGACAGAGAAGUGUAAUCUGUCUAGUGGCGGCGUGCUUUACACCACUGCAUCCGACACUUUGCAUUGCACUUGGUGAUGUAAGGCUUGGAUGCAGCUGCUCAGCCAUGGAAACCCAU